CUAAUUAUCAUUUUUAUUUCAGUUGUAGGGAACGUAUGUUAUAUAGUUGGUUUUUUUUUAUUAAAUAUCUUUGUUGAAGAACGCACGUAGUUUUUUUGUGUUUUUUCCCAUAUUCUUUCGAGGAUCAAUAGAAUAUGAAAUCGUUAGCUUUUAUUAUUCUGUUAUUUGGAUAUAUGGUGAUAGCAGAUGGACAGUAUGUUGGUCGCACAAGACAACCACCUUUACCGGAUAGAUGUGCGAGGGUGUUCUGUCCUCGGACAAACUGUAUAAAACCAAUAACACCGAAAGGAGAAUGUUGCCCAGUUUGUCCACCAACGUUACCACCUUUUUGCGCCGCCGUUUCUUGCGCCAUUCCAGACUGUUUAAAUCCAGUUACACCGGAAGGCGAGUGUUGCCCGGUUUGUCCACCAACGUUACCACCUUUUUGCGCCGCUGUUUCGUGCGUUAUUCCAAACUGCCUAAAUCCGGUAACACCUGAAGGAGAAUGUUGCCCGGUUUGUCCACCAACGUUACCUCCAAUAUGUGAUAGAGUAAGGUGUGUUCGUCCAAACUGUGUGAAUCCUGUGAUACCGGAAGGUGAAUGUUGCCCAGUCUGUCCACCAACGUUACCUCCAAUAUGUGAUAGAGUAAAGUGUGCUCGUCCAAACUGUGUGAAUCCUGUGAUACCGGAUGGUGAAUGUUGCCCAGUCUGUCCACCAACGUUACCUCCAAUAUGUGAUAGAGUAAAGUGUGCUCGUCCAAACUGUAUAAACUCAAUAACACCGAAAGGAGAAUGUUGCCCAGUUUGUCCACCAACGUUACCACCUUUUUGCGCCGCCGUUUCUUGCGCCAUUCCAGACUGUUUAAAUCCAGUUACACCGGAAGGCGAGUGUUGCCCGGUUUGUCCGCCCACGUUACCACCUUUUUGUGCCACAGUUUCCUGUGUUAUUCCAAACUGCCUAAAUCCGGUCACACCGGAAGGAGAAUGUUGCCCAGUUUGUCCACCAACGUUACCUCCAAUAUGUGAUAGAGUAAGGUGUGCUCGUCCAAACUGUGUGAAUCCUGUGAUACCGGAAGGUGAAUGUUGCCCAGUCUGUCAAGGCUUAAAACCAGGCAGAUGCCCUCGGGUCUCUCAAUUCGGAAUAUGUGUGAAUGAAUGUACAGGCGACUUCAGUUGUCCUGGUAACCAAAAAUGUUGUAGCAAUGGAUGUGGACGCCAAUGUAGGCGACCAAGAGGGAGGUGCAGUCGAGUCCAGUGUCCUCAAUUAAGGUGUGCCAAUCAGUAUACGCCACCUGGACAAUGCUGUCCAAUAUGCAGACCAAUAGAGAACGAAUGCAACCUUGUAGACUGUAGACCAAUAUCAUGCCUGAAUCAGUAUACACCACCAGGCCAAUGUUGUCCUGUCUGUAGAAACACAGGACCUGACUGCAGAGGAAUAGUAUGCACAGCCCAAAACUGCGAAAACAAGUACAUCCCACCCGGCCAAUGCUGCCCGGUUUGUCAAAAUGACACAUACUAGCAGACACCUACGAUUAUUCGGAGCACCUCGCAAUUUAACAAAACCGUUCCUAAUCAGUCGGACGGAAUUGGACUUAAAAGUUCCGAUUAAAUUAACGAUAACGAAUUCCUGUAUCUUAUUAAAUUGAUACACUUUGUUUUUCUCGGUGAUACAUUUUAUUAAGCAACACUUGUUGUUACC